CCCAGUGUUGGAAAUGGAGAAAGCAUCUUGGGCGUGCACUGUUAUAACUCAGUUGUGUCUCUGCUUUGCACUCUACAUAGCUCUAAACUUGGGUCAACCUCAGACUUUGGUCAACACAAAUGCAAGUGACCAUGGUGAACCUCCUCAUCUUUACUUCAUCAGUGUCAAAGGGGGCUUCAGACCCCUUUCCCAACAAUUCCAUCUUCUCAAGCAGAUGGAAAAGGUGGCAAGAACUUACAAGGCAAGUUUUGUUGUGAGCAGCAGUGAACUUGGAGAACAUGAUCCACUUAUGCAGAAUGCUAGUCAAUAUUUUCCAUCAUUGGGACUUCCCUGGUACACCACGUAUACUACUACAGUUUCAAAACCCAAAGGACAAGAAGUGGGGUGCUUUGCAAAGAAGAUCAAGAUAUCUGAUGAGAAAACCUUAGAUGUUAUUGGUGUGGAUACUGAAUUACUGCAAGAUUCUAUCUUGAGGGGAUCAAUAAGUGGCAACAGAAACAAUCAAUUGGAUUGGCUGAUAAGAACAUUGGAAGAAAACAGUAGCAACUGGCGCAUUGUUGUUGGAUACCAACCAUUGGUCAUUUGUGGAGAGAAUAAGAAACAAUUGAAGAAAAAGCAAGUUUUUGAUUAUUUGCACCGUAUAUUUCUAAAUCUUUCAGUUAAUGUGUAUCUGAGUGGGCAAGAUUGCACUAGUCACGCUCUUGAGGGUAGCGUUGCUUACAUUGGAAAUCCUAGUUCGAUUGAAAUAGAUUCCUAUUCAGUUUUCCUAAAUGGAAAUUCUGUCUUUAGAAGAGAAUUGGCUAAUGGAUUCCUUCUUCACCGAGUCAACUCGAUGCAAAUUGUAACUUACUAUAUAAAUUUUGCUGGUGAAGUUGCUUACAAAACUGUGCUCCAACAGAAGGGUAAAGAGACCAUGUAAAUAUUUCCAGCUGAAGAACCAUAAUAUUACUUAGUGGUGUUUGUUGGACUAAUUUGUGGUGAAUUACAUGAGUAAACAGUGCUCGGACAUGCACUUAUUCUUUCUAGCCUUGGCACUGUUGUGCUGCCCCAUGUCUCUGUGUCCUAUUUCAUCAGAAGUUUUCCCUGGUUUGCUUCCCAAACAAGAACGAAUUAUUUUCACU